AUGCUCAUUAUAAUCAUAAAGAUAAAGUUGACAAUCUCUCCACUUUUAGACAUAGGAACUUUUAUGGACAACUUUAAUCCAACGAUGAAUCAACUACAAAGCAUCCCUUCUUCUUCCGACGACGACUCUGGUUCUAUGAACACCGCUCGACAGAGUGCAGGGCAAAGCCACAUAAGUGGAGAAAGUGGUAAUUCAAUGGUAAUGGGAGCAGGUUUUGAAGGCUCGCGUCAUUGGCAUGAUGUAUUCUGGCUAGGGAUCUUUCUAUUGCAUUUAAUAUUAGUAGGUCUUGCACUUGGGGUACUUGGACUUAAUAGGUUUAGAAAGAAAGAUAGACUUAAACUGGAUCAAUACACAUACAAGUUCCUUGGAAAUGAAGCUGAUCUAACAGAAGACUAUUGGCCACUUUAUGCCAUUGCUGCUGGAGUUGGGACACUUCUUGGAUGGGCUUGGUUGUUAUUACUUGGUUCACGUGCAAAUCAAAUGAUGAGGAUUUCUGUCCACAUAUUGACUACUUAUCUUGCAGUUCUUAGUGUUUUGUGCUUUUGGGGCAAAAUGGUCUUUUGGGGUGUUGCUUUUGCUAUCGGUUCUGGUUUGCAGUUUUUAUAUAUCAUAUCCGUCAUAGACAGACUUCCAUUUACAAUGUUGGUUUUACAAAGAGCUGUAAAAAUGGUAUGGAGGCUUCCAAAUGUUAUGAGAAUAGCAUGUGCAUUCAUGGUAAUCAUGUGUCUAUGGCUAUCCCUAUGGUCAUUCGGUGCAGCCGGUGUGGUGGCUUCAAGCAUCGGUGAUGGUGGACGCUGGUGGCUACUUGUGGUUUUGUCAGUGAGUUUGUUUUGGACAGGGGCAGUUCUUUGCAAUACUGUUCAUGUGAUAGCAUCUGGAAUGGUGUUUCUUGUGCUUAUCCAUGGAGGUCAAGAAGCAACAUCAAUGCCUAAUAAUCCUUUGAUGCAAUCUUUGAGAUAUGCUGUGACUACUUCUUUUGGAAGCAUAUGUUAUGGAUCACUUUUCACUGCUGCUAUUCGAACACUUCGGUGGGAGAUUAGGGGAUUCAGAUCAAAAAUUGGCAACAAUGAAUGUCUUCUAUGCUGUGUUGACUUCCUCUUUCAUCUAGUUGAAACCCUUGUUCGUUUCUUCAACAAAUACGCAUACGUACAGAUUGCAGUUUAUGGGAAAAGUUUUAAUCACUCAGCAAGAGACGCAUGGGAGUUAUUCCAAUCAACUGGUGUUGAAGCACUUAUUGCCUAUGAUUGUUCAGGAGCUGUUUUACUAAUGGGGACACUUUUGGGUGGGCUUAUGACCGGAACUUGUGCUGCUGUUUUGACCAGGAUUAAACAUUCUGACCGUGUCAUCAUGAUGGGGUCCACCGCAGGGUUAUUGGGCAUGAUCUUGGUUGGAUUGGCGAUGGUGGUGGUUGAAAGUGCGGUUACAUCGAUAUACAUAUGUUAUGCAGAAGAUCCAUUGUUGAUACACAGGUGGGACCCAGAGUUUUUUAACCAGAUGUCAGAGACGCUCCACGAGCGUCUCCAACAUAGAAGUUCACGAGGAACUCAGGUUUUGUCAGUGAGUUUGUUUUGGACAGGGGCAGUUCUUUGUAAUACUAUUCAUGUUAUAGCAUCUGGAAUGGUGUUUCUUGUGCUUAUCCAUGGAGGUCAAGAAGCAGCAUCAAUGCCUAAUAAUCCUUUGAUGCAAUCUUUGAGAUAUGCUGUUACUACUUCUUUUGGAAGCAUAUGUUAUGGAUCACUUUUCACUGCUGCUAUUCGAACACUUCGGUGGGAGGAUUGGAAUGAAUCUUCAGCUGAAUUUUUUUAUGUUCAUUGA